AUGAAGAUGUCCCUGGCCCAGCGGGUGCUCCUCUCCUGGAUCUUUGCCCUCAUCUUCCUUAUCAUGCUGGUCCUCAAGCUGGACUCCAAGAUUCACUGGAAUUGGUUUCUCAUCUUCCUCCCCGUCUGGACCUUUGACACCAUCCUCAUCCUCAUGGUCAUUGUGAAGAUGGCCGGGCGCUGUAAGCCGGACUUUGACCCCAGGGAUGGGGAGCAGGGUUGGAAGAGGAGGCUGUGGUAUCUGCUAGCUCUGCUGUUGAAACUGACCUUCUGUCUGACACUCUGCUCACACCUGGAGAGGCUCAUUGAGAUGUGGGUCACCGUUGUGUGUGUGCCCCUGUGGGUGCUACUGGUCGGAGCGCUGGUGGAGCUGGGACACAGUGUUUUCCACUACAGGUGA